AAAUAUAGAUCGUACCUACCUACUUAGCAGUUUGCUGAAAUGGAUUCGCGUAAAAUUUUAAUUGCAUAAAGUUUGUGAUGUUGCCGUAUUACUGUCAUAGUGUUAUUUAAUGUUACUGUGAAAUUUUCAUGCAAUAAACUAGUGCCUCGUUGAAAAGUAUUUUAAAUGAAAAGGAAACCUGUUUAAAGUCUAACUCGACUCCGACUAGAACGAAUGGAGUGAUUAUUGCAAUAACGAUGCAAACCAACCUAAAGACUAAAGAAAUGUUUAUAGUCAGGGCUUUGGAAAAAAUUCUGGCCGAUAAGGACAUCAAACGGUCCUAUCAUAGUCAGCUCAAGAAGUCAUGCGAAGUUGCGCUAGAGGAAAUCAAAGCAGAAUUAAAGGAUGGAGGUCAAACUGAAACAACUGAGAGUCCCACUUCAGGCACAUUGCCUUUACCAAAAAAUGAUGCUUCAAAUAUCAUCACAGCCGAGAAGUAUUUCCUGCCAUUUGAACUGGCCUGUCAGAGCAAAGCGUCCAGGAUAGUGGUUACUGCUCUGGACUGCCUUCAAAAACUUAUAGCUUAUGGCCACUUAACAGGAAAUAUUCCAGAUUCUACUACACCUAGAAAGCUCCUUAUAGAUAGAAUAGUAGAGACAAUAUGCAGCUGCUUUAAUGGACCCCAAACUGAUGAGGGAGUUCAGCUGCAGAUUAUAAAAGCACUUCUCACCGUAAUCACAAGUCAACAUGUCGAGGUCCAUGAAGGAACCGUCCUGCUCGCAGUUAGAACAUGCUACAAUAUAUAUUUGGCUAGCAAAAAUCUUAUUAAUCAAACUACUGCCAGAGCUACCCUUACACAAAUGCUUAAUGUUAUUUUUACAAAAAUGGAAAAUCAAGCUCUGGAAACUGAACACACUAUUCACAAUCCUGAGUUAUACCAUAAAGUGCCUAAUGGUAAUGUUGCUGAUGAACAGUCUAAUACUAAUACAAAUGAAGAAAACAAGGAAAUACCAAAUAAAGAAGAAAUUGUUGAUGAACUUUCAGAAGCAAAAUUAAUUGCCAGACAGAUUGUAGAUUCAGUUAUAGACAAUGCAAUUUCUAUUGCUUCAAAGAAGUCUGCGGAGGAAAAUGUUGACAAUGUACCUGAUAAUAAUGAAAACCCAUCAGAUUCACAAGAUACACACAGUAUAUCUCAUGAAAGCAAUGGCCAGAUACCAAAUGAAACAAGCAUUCCAAGGAUACCAUCACAAGAAAGUGUUGAUGUUGUAUCUGAAAUUGACAAUUCAGUUACUGCAAAGUUCACACAUGUUUUACAAAAGGAUGCAUUCUUAGUAUUCAGAGCUCUAUGUAAGCUAUCUAUGAAACCUCUACCUGAAGGUACUCCAGAUCCUAAAUCUCAUGAACUAAGAUCUAAAAUUCUCUCUCUACAUCUUCUACUUUCAAUUCUCCAAAAUGCUGGACCUGUUUUCAGAAAUAAUGAGAUGUUCAUAACAGCCAUCAAGCAAUAUUUAUGUGUAGCACUAUCAAAGAAUGGAGUCAGCUCUGUCCCUGAAGUAUUUGAGCUUUCUCUUGCCAUUUUCUUGGCUUUACUACAAAACUUCAAGGUUCAUCUUAAGAAGCAAAUUGAAGUUUUCUUUAAAGAGAUUUUCAUGAAUAUUCUAGAGACAUCAAGCUCCACAUUUGAGCAUAAGUGGAUGGUCAUUCAAGCUCUAACAAGAAUAUGUGGAGAUGCCCAAAGUGUGGUUGACAUUUAUGUUAACUAUGAUUGUGAUUUAUCAGCAGCAAAUCUGUUUCAAAGACUUGUUAAUGAUGUCUCUAAAAUUGCCCAAGGCAGGCAAGCUUUAGAACUGGGAGCUACACCAAAUCAGGAAAAAUCUAUGAGAAUCCGAGGACUUGAGUGUCUUGUAUCGAUUUUGAAAUGUAUGGUAGAAUGGAGCAAAGAAUUGUACAUAAACCCAAAUAUGCAAACAACUUUGGGUGAAAGGACUGUAAAAGAAGAAAUAGAUCAUCACAGCAUUAAAUCACAUGGAGGCUCCAGUGUCAGUCUUGUCUCUACAGGAUCUAGCAAUAUUGGCAAUAGAGAAACUCUAGACUCACCUGAGCAAUUUGAAGUAUUAAAGCAACAGAAGGAAGUGUGGGAAACUGGAAUUGAUUUGUUUAACAGAAAACCUAAGAAAGGUGUGGCUUUCUUGCAAGAACAAAACUUACUUGGAACAGCUACUAAAGAAAUAGCAGAAUGGCUUCUUACAGAUGAAAGACUCGACAAGACAUUUGUUGGUGAAUAUUUAGGUGAAAAUGAUGAUCAUUCGAAAGAAGUUAUGUAUGCAUAUGUGGACUCUAUGAAUUUUGGGAACAUGGACAUUGUAGCAGCUUUACGUCAUUUCUUGGAAGGGUUCAGAUUGCCCGGCGAAGCCCAAAAAAUCGAUAGACUUAUGGAAAAAUUUGCUGCUCGAUAUUGUGAAUGUAAUCCAACAAACACUUUAUUCAUGAGCGCAGACACUGUUUACGUAUUAGCAUUUUCCAUUAUAAUGCUGACUACCGAUUUGCAUUCUCCACAAGUAAAGAACAAAAUGACAAAGGAACAAUACAUCAAGCUGAACAGUGGAAUUAGUGACAAUAACGACUUGCCCCGCGAAUACUUGUCACAAAUUUACGACGAAAUCGCUGGUCACGAGAUUAAAAUGAAGAAUACAUCUAAACCAGGCAAACAUAUGAUUGCUAAUGAAAAGAAGCGCAAAUUCAUAUGGAACAUGGAGAUGGAACAGAUUUCAACUGCAGCAAAGAACUUGAUGGAAUCCGUUUCGCAUGUUCAAACACCGUUUACGACGGCCAAACACGUAGAACAUGUACGGCCUAUGUUCAAAAUGGCGUGGACUCCAUUCCUAGCUGCUUUUUCCGUAGGAUUGCAAGAUUGCGACGACCCUGAAAUAGCGUCACUUUGUUUAGAUGGAAUAAGGUGCGCAGUUAGAAUUGCGUGCAUCUUCCAUAUGUCUCUCGAAAGAGAUGCUUACGUACAAGCUUUAGCUCGGUUCACGCUUCUCACUGCAAACUCGCCAAUCACAGAAAUGAAAGCAAAGAACAUUGACACAAUUAAAACGUUAAUAACUGUAGCACAUACUGAUGGUAACUACCUGGGAUCUAGUUGGUUAGAUGUUGUUAAGUGUAUUUCGCAAUUGGAAUUGGCUCAGCUGAUUGGUACUGGAGUGAGACCUCAAUUCUUAUCAGGAUCUGGAAUUAAACCUCAACCCGAUUCUUUAAAGUUCAGCCUUAUGGCGCUCGAUCCGAGUGUAAAAGAACAUAUUGGGGAGACAAGUUCACAGAGCGUUGUAGUCGCUGUCGAUAGAAUAUUCACUGGAUCGACAAGAUUAGAUGGUGACGCUAUUGUUGACUUCGUAAAAGCCCUUUGUCAAGUAUCCCUAGAUGAAUUAAGCCAUCCUUCCAAUCCUCGAAUAUUUUCUCUACAAAAAAUUGUUGAAAUAUCGUAUUACAACAUGGGACGUAUUAGGCUACAGUGGUCUCGUAUUUGGCAAGUUCUUGGAGACCAUUUUAAUAAAGUCGGCUGCAGUAGCAAUGAGGACAUAGCUUUUUUCGCUGUUGAUUCUUUGCGUCAGUUAUCAAUGAAAUUUAUCGAGAAAGGUGAAUUCGCGAAUUUCAAAUUCCAAAAAGACUUUUUACGUCCUUUUGAGCACAUUAUGAAGAAAAACAGCUCCCCGACAAUCAGGGAUAUGGUAGUGCGUUGCAUUGCCCAAAUGGUUAAUUCUCAAGCAUCGAAUAUAAAAUCUGGAUGGAAAAAUAUAUUCUCAGUAUUUCAUUUAGCUGCAAGCGAUCAGGAUGAAGCGAUUGUUGAUUUAGCAUUCCAGACAACUGGGAAAAUUAUAACAGACCUGUACGAAAAGCAAUUCUCAGCUAUGAUAGAUUCAUUCCAAGAUGCAGUUAAGUGCUUAUCAGAAUUUGCGUGUAACGCUAAAUUCCCCGAUACGUCGAUGGAGGCAAUAAGACUAGUCAGAUCAUGUGCGACUGCGGUUGGCACAUCGCCACAGCUUUUCGCAGAGCACGCUGGUCUUGAAGGAGAGCCCGGUGCGCCAGAAGAAGAUAGAGUUUGGUUAAGAGGAUGGUUUCCUCUGUUAUUUUCCCUAUCGUGCGUCGUUAGUCGCUGUAAAUUAGAUGUACGCACCCGAGGUUUAACAGUGCUGUUUGAGAUUAUUAAAACGCACGGUGACUCAUUCCGUCCCCAUUGGUGGAGAGAUUUAUUUAAUAUAUUAUUUAGAAUAUUCGACAACAUGAAGUUGCCAGAACACCAACUAGAGAAAAACGAAUGGAUGACUACAACAUGCAAUCACGCGUUGUAUGCAAUAGUAGACGUCUUUACGCAAUAUUUUGACAUUCUUGGCUCUCUGUUACUGGAGCAGCUGUACGCGCAAUUGCAUUGGUGCGUGCAACAAGAUAAUGAACAACUCGCUAGAUCUGGUACGAAUUGUUUGGAAAACCUAGUCAUAUCGAACGGAACGAAGUUUAACGAAGACACUUGGAGCAAGACGUGUCAAAUUAUGUUGGACAUAUUCAACAGUACUCUUCCCACUACUUUACUUACUUGGAAACCGGAAGAAAACGAGGAUGGUGAGGUAACCAACGUACGACAUGGAAUUUUGAAAAAGCCUCAAGGGGGCGAUGAAAUUAAGUCUUCAAAUCGGAUAUUUAACAGUCUUUUGAUAAAAUGCGUUGUCCAAUUGGAAUUGAUUCAAACAAUCGACAACAUAGUAUUUUAUCCUGCAACGUCAAGAAAGGAAGAUGCGGAAACUUUAGCACUAGCAGCUGCGGAGUUAACCGGGGGUCACCCUGGCACCGAACAGGAAUGUCAGCGUGAAGAACAAGGCAUGUACAGGCUUCUGAGCUCACCACACUUGCUGCGGCUCGUCGAAUGUUUAAUGUGCAGUCAUCGGUUCGCCAAGACAUUCAAUACGAAUAAUGCGCAAAGAAAUGUGUUGUGGAAAGCCAACUUCAAGGGAUCUGUGAAACCCAAUAUGCUGAAACAGGAGACGCAAUCGUUGGCUUGCGUAAUGCGAAUACUAUUUAAAAUGUAUGGCGACGAUUCUCGGCGAAGUCACUGGCCGGCUGUACAGAAAAGCCUUAUAACUAUUUGUUGUGAAGCCCUCGAAUACUUUGCGGGAUUGAAUAAUGAAGCCCACCGCGACGCGUGGACCUCCAUACUGCUUCUCAUAUUGACACGGAUAUUGAAGAUGCCCGAUGACAGAUUUGCGGCGCAUGUAUCAAGUUAUUACCCGCUCUUGUGUGAGAUCACCUGCUUCGACCUGAAGCCCGAACUCCGGUCCGUGCUUCGAAGAGUCUUCAUUCGAAUCGGUCCCGUCUUCAAGAUCGUAUCUAACACGCAAUAACACGCUUUACGUUUAAUUACAAAUGGCCUUAUAGUUUCUUAGGUUAAAGUAUGACUUUGUUAACGUCUAAAUUAGUGGUGCAAACUUUAUGUCUAAGCACGUUUGUACCGGAAAGGUUGCGCGAUCAAUAAUAAAUAGAUUCGUUAAUUUAAUAAAUUUUAUUGUAAUGACAGCAAUCAGUACUUCACUAGUAUUAAAGUGAUCUAUUAUACAUAGUGUGUAGUAGUCGUAAUGUCUUAUUUAUAUAAAUUAUCGAAGUUAAAAUUUAAAUUGUAUAGUAAUAAAACAAUGAUAGCUGUUGUAUCUAUAAAUUAAUAGUUUAUUUCUGUAUAUUUGAAUGUUUUUACAGUCAGAGGACUGGACUCACUCAUUGCAUUGCUUCUUAUUGUUUCGGCUAGACUGAUCAAACUGUGAUUGUGAUAAUUUAUUCACAGCUUUCCGUUUUCAUUUUGAGUGAUUUCAGAACUCGCAAGCAACUGAUUAUAUUAUUCAUUAUUAUAUAAUAAAAUAAUAAUUAAA